AUGGCGACUCUCACCAUGACCCCUCCCACCCGUCAGCCUUUCGCUAGCCUGGACACACCCCGAAUGGGCUCAGUCAUGCGGUCCAAGCUGAACCGCCAAAACAUUCAAAAUGGCGUAUCCCUCAAAAGCUCCAUCUUGGAAGACUCAGAGAACAUCGAUCCCUACACACGCAGUCUGUCCGCAAAGCGCAAACGCUCUCUGGACGAUGACGAAAUCUCCAAGGGAUCGCCCAAACCCCUCAAGACAUCCCGCAUCGCCCUCUCAACCCGUCCCAGUGUCUCACACUUCUCCACCCCCUUGAAGACAAUCCCAUCCACACCUAAAUCAGCACCAAUUCUCAAACCUGCUGGUCGGACUCCACCCAAGUCAUGCAAGGCAUUUGGCCGCCGGUCGGCCAUCGCCAAAUCAAGACCCGAUUCUGGAAAGAGAGCUGUGGCUCGUCCUUUCUCCCUUGCUACGGCUCUUAGCCAGUCCAAGCCUGCUGCCAAACCGCAAUCCCAGCCUAAGAGCUGGUUCUUCGAUAUCCAUGUCGACUCUGAGCAGGAGGAGAUGACGAACCUCAUGCAGCAUUCUACUGGUGUACUUGAUAUCAGUGACGACGAGGGUAAGACAUCUGUUGACGCACGCGGUAAGGAGAAUGUUCCACCUUCUGAGCUUGGUAUCGAUUUGCCCCGUAGUAGUCAGGCCGUUGCCAUGGCUGCUGCUGCUGAGGCGAGGAAGGCGGAGAAGAUGGAAGAUGAUCGGUCUCCACUUGGUGAGCUGACGGCUUCGGAUUAUUAUCCUGAGGACUGUAAUGCUUUCUCUUAUGCUGUUGUCUAUGACGAUGAUUGUCCGGUCAAGGUGACGUCUAUGCCGCCGCCGUCAGCCUUCUCGCCUGAGAUUACUACUUCUAUUGCUUCCUUGCUGGAGACUGCUCUUCCGGCUAAAGUUGAGAGCAAGGCGGAGACAGCUGAGGCUGGGGCUAAGGCUGUGUCUGCAGAGGACAAGACUGAAUCCUCUUAA